AUCAUUUGUCAACAUCACUUGACUUUUUCUCCGAGUCUCGUGACCUAUUCAUUUUUCUCAUACUUUUUUUUUCACACCAAUUUUUAUUUUAACAAAGCUAAUAUUUCGAGUUUAAUUUUGUGUUUUUCUAUACAAUAUCGUUGGAAUUAAACCAAAAUGGUGAAAAAUAUUGUUGUGGCGAUACUAUUAUCGUUGGUUUGUAACACUUUGGCAUUGAAUGAAAAUUUUUCGCCAGUUCUUCUGUGGAAACACAAAGACAAUCCAAAUGUGAUUGAAAACAGUGUUAUUUCGGCUACAACGAAAAUGAGUCAACGUGAUUUUGAGAGUCGUGUCACUUCAUUGCUUGUGGAUCAAAAAAUCGUUUUCUUCAUCCUUCCAGACUUGUGCCCAGAAGAUCUUGGCGCAAAAAAUGAAGACAAUAUCAAAGCCUUCCAGAACAUCGCCAGUAAAGCUGAUAUUGUAGAGUACAUUCCAUAUGUUGAAAAUGCUGCGGAUAAUAAAGUGACACAGGGAAACAAUGUCGUUGAUGCUUCAGUGUCGACCACAAACGAUUUGGAGCCCGAACCAAGCAGCAACGCAAAAGUUAUCGUGGUACAAUUGCCUGGUUAUCACGAAUCUGAGUCAAAAUUCCAUUGGUUGGCCCGUUGUGAUCGUGCCAUGCAUGGCGUGAGUCAGAAAUACAAAGAUGCACUUUUCAUUUUGUCAUCCGAAAAGAAUUCCCGUUUGCAACAACAAGAAGAAGAACAUUCGCGCAAAAGACGAGCCGCCGACGACACAAAAACCGGCACCAUUUACAACGGCACCGAUGCCGCUAUCUACUUCGAAGGUUUUUUCAAACACAUGAAGAAUCAAAAAAAGGACCAAGAUGAUACUCAAAUUGCAAUUAGCGAAAGCGAUAUUGAAGCGUCUAAAAAGGGAAGCACCCUCAUUGUUUCAUUCAAAAGUGAAAUUCCAAUUACACUUGUCUUCGACCUUGGAGAGUCGCAAUUUUGGUCUCUAAAUAUUACGGAGUCGUCACAAAAUGAGAAAAAACCAUUGAACGUGUCCCUUGACAUGGGUGCACCAACAAAUUUCUCCUUCAGUUGUACAUCAGGUGUACGCAUUAAUGUCCAUGAUUAUGUACCAGAUGUUGAAUUUGUUUAUUUUAAAAGAUUCCAAAUUCAGCCCAUUUUUGAUGGGAAGAAGAUUGAUAAAUUUGCAGACUCAUACGAUUGCACUGGCUUCACAAGUGCACCGAUUUGGGCUGGCCUAUUCAUCACAUUCCUAUUACUUGGAAUCAUUGCAGGUGGCAUUUCAUGUAUCAUGGACAUUCGUACCAUGGACCGUUUUGACGACCCCAAAGGGAAGACAAUUACGGUGACUGCAAGUGAAUAAGCACAAUAUUUCACACCAACAAAAACAUCAGUUUGCUCCAACAAAUUUCAAUAAGCAUAAUGUGCCUUUUUGUUGCAUGGAAUUAUUAUUAGAAAUAUUGUUUACAAAUUAUUGAUGUUAAUGAAUAGAAUUUUAUCGAAAAUCAAA